AUGGGUUCGGCCUCUUCCAAACACCGGGCAUUAGAGGACUGGGAGGACAAGGACGAGUCGUCUUUUCCGUGGCUCGAGCCUCGCGGUCUUAAAAUCGGCCAUGCGACGGACGUGCGACGGGCUUAUCGCCUGACACGAGACGUCCUUGGGGAGGGUCGCACAAGCAUCGUUUGGGUGGGCGUGGACAGGUCCAAUGGGACCCACGUGGCAGUGAAGAUGUUAUCUAAGCGGAUUGUGACAGCAAUGAAGGGAGAAGAGCAUCGGGCCAAUGUGACACCUGUUCUGCCUGCCUCAUUUCCAACCCCUCCCCAUUCCCUCUACUCCCUCCUUCCACAUGCUGGUGCUGCCUACCGCCCAACCCCUCCCCACUCCCUCUCAUCCCUCCUUCCACAUGCUGGUGCUGCCUACCGCCCAACCAGGCGUCUGAGAUUGAGAUCCUUCUUGCAGUAA